AUGUCAUCCAAUCCUCAGUCCGUACCUCCCACCGGCCUCUCCAAGUCGGCAGCCAAGAAGCGGGCCAAGAAAGCAGCCAAAUCUGCUCAUUCUUAUAUCGAGGAGAGAUCAAUCAGCGGCGAGAUACCUAUUACCAACGCCAGCAAUAAUCAACCUCCUUCUGUCGCACCUCCUUUACAACCUUCCACCGCUUCCGAUCCAUUAGAUCCAAGCUUGUUCAACUUUUCCGCACCUGGAUCUUAUCCUGUUGACGUUCAGUACGACAACAACGGAUAUUACGACGAGGUCGACGUCCCCCUAAACCCCCAUCAUCAACAUCCCAAUUCGUUCACCGGAUCAUAUUCGAUUGAUUACAAUCUAUCGUUACAGAACGGUAGCGCAUUAGCGGGAUUAUCGGCUCCGUUCAAUAUCACCCACGACGAUCUGAUCUCAGCGGCGAACGAGUUAUACAAGAGGAUGGCCGAUCCAGAGUUUGGUGCGGAUGACACCUACUGGUCUUCUUUGCCACCACACUUACGCCAGUUCAUCAGAGAUGCUGUACCAUUCAAUGGGACCAUCAGUCAAAAUACGCCCGGGAAUAACUCGGGUCAAAGGACGAUGUAUCAGAUGGCUCAACAGAUAGUUCAAGCUGCAAGUCAUGGUAUGGGGUUAAGUCCGGGAAUGGGUGCGAACCUGAUGUCUGGUGUGAAUGGGAUAGGAGCACGACAAUUCAAUCAACCUAGUAUAGGUGAAGAAUUAGGGUUCAGACGACAUCCUGACGCAAAGGAUGAAGAGUACGAUGAUGAAGAGGAUUACGAGGUGGAUGAACCUGAAUACCACGCUCCAAAUGGUGAUGCACCGAAGAAGAAAAAUAAGAAGAAGAAGAAGAAGAACGCCGCAUCGAAAGCGGUUGAACCUCCUCCUGCACCCGUUCCUCCUCCCACUACAACCAGACCUCAACAGCAACCUCCACCGCGGCAGCCUGUGCCACCUCAACCACCAAUGCAACAACAACAGCAUCAACAGCCUGCUCUCAAUCCUCCGCCACCACCUGUCACUCCUGCACCAGCACAUCCCCCUCCGUCAUCGCGAGCGGCCGGUAAACAGCCAAUGAGCAAUACCAACGCUCCAUCUUCCAACCCCCCUGCGAGAUCAGCUCGUGCUGCAGGCAAAGCUCCUGCUAGCGCUGCUCCAACUCACAACACUCAUUCCGGUCACAAUCACUCACAGCCUCCUGCAAGCUCGAAACCCACAGCCAAGGGUAAAGCACCUGCCGCUCCCGCGCCACCAGCUAAGAUAUGGACUCAGUCAUCAGCGGAAGAUCGCGAGAACAUCCGUCUGUUCUGGUUGGGACUGUCGGAAGCUGAACGCAGGGAUCUUUUGAGAAUUGAGAAGGAUGCUGUUUUGAGGAAAAUGAAGGAACAACAUCGUCAUUCUUGUGGAUGUGCUGUCUGUGGUCGCAAGAAGGUUAACAUCGAGAUGGAGUUAGAUCAACUAUACGAACAGUACUAUGACGAACUUCGAUCAUAUGCUGCUGAACAACGAGCAGCCGCAAACGGUAUCAAACCUCCGCCUAAUGGUGCUGGACCUUUUCCAGGUAGUGUGGAAGUGGACUCGAGCGGUGUGAUCACUCGUUACGAUCAUCGAGCGCCGGAUCCGAUGGGUGAUCAUGAUCAUGAUGAUCUAGAUGGAGAGGACAGCGAAGAAUACGAUGAUGAGGAUGAAUAUGGAGAUGAGGAUGAGCUAGAUGACGAGGAGAUAGGAUCGGACGAAGCGGAUGUAGGGGAUGAUUUGGAUGAUCAACAUCCUCCACCACCUGUAUCGAGAACUACCACACGUCCACCGCCCCCUUCAUCCAAAGCGAGUCAACCUCGUCCGGAAGGUGGAGACGAUUUCUUGAGUUUUGGUUCUAGUCUGGCAACGAUAAAAGGAGGUAUACUCACCAUUGCCGAUGACAUGCUCAAGAAUGACGGAUCCAAAUUUCUGGAAAUGAUGGAACAGCUAGCUAUAAGGAGGUCCGUAAGGGAAGAUCAGAAUAUAAGGGACAUGCAGGAAGAGACGGACGAUGAGGAUGAUGAGAGUAAAGACGAACCCCUCACCGAUGUCGAAAGGAUGGAAGAAGGUAAACGGAUGUUCCAAAUCUUCGCUGCUAGGAUGUUUGAACAAAGGGUACUUCAAGCAUAUCGAGAGAAAGUGGCCAAACAGAGAGAGGAACAGUUACUCCGUGAGCUCGAGGAAGAAGAGGAUUCGAAGAGGGCAAGGGAGGAAAAGAAGGCUAAAGAGUCUCAAAAGAAGAAGGAUAAGAAGAAACUGCAAAAGCAAAAGGCGGAAGAAGAGAAAGCUGCUCGGGAAGCUGCUAUCGCUGAAGAACAACGAGCAGUCAAAGCUCGAGCGGAGGAACAGGAGCGUGAAAGGCACCGAAAACAGGAGGAAGAACGAGCGAGACGAGAGGCUGUCAAGAAAGCAGCUCAGGAAGAAGCUCAACGUCAAGCUACCGAAAGGAAGAAACGUCAACAGGAAGAGAAGGAACGUGAAGAGGAAGCAGCUAAGAAGAAGAGAGAACGUGAUGAGAAGGCAAAGAAGGAGCGUGAGGCUAGAGAGAAAGAAGCUAAAGAACGUGAAAAGAGGGAAAAAGAAGAAAGGUCGGCUAGGGAGAAGGCCGAAAAGGAACGAUUGGCGAAGGAGAAAGCUGAAAAGGCAGAACGCGAUAGGAUCGCUAAAGAAGCUAAAGACAAAGCUGAAAAAGAACGUCUCGCCAAGCUUGAACAGGAACGAGCUGAAAAGGCUAAGAAGGAUGAGAUUGAGAGGAAAGAGAAGGAAGCUGCCGAACAAGCUAAAGCACUCGCUGCUCAACAAGCUCAACGCGAGAAAGCUAAAGCUGAAAAGGCAGCAGCAGAACGGGCUGCCGCCGAGAAGAGAGCUGCUGCCGUUGCCGCUGCUGCUGUUGCCUCGGUACCCACUCCACCAUUGCCUGUCGGUGUACAUUCAGUCAAAUCACCUCGAAAUGCUUCUACUCCUCAAACAACUCCUCCUGUCACCCAACCUUCUCCUGUCAAGGCUGCUCGGCCACCUUCAGCACCUAUAGCAGCCGGAUCGUCUUCCGUCAUCGGAGGAAGAACGCAGAAAACACCUCAGCCAUAUUACCCUCAACCUAUCCCUCCCGUAGGUGUCAAUGCCUUCCAGCGAAUGCCUGUCCCCCAAACAUUCUCGGCUGCCGGAUUCAGAGGCGGUCCAAGUUAUUCCGGCCAGUCACCUGCCUUCUCGCCACCACAGACUAAUGGUCCAUCCAUAUCGCCCAACCCGCCUCCUAGAGGCUUCGCACCGGAACCCAGCCCACCAUUCGAUCAUUCUAUGCGAACUGCGCCUAUCGGUAUGGGUUUCCCACCUGUGAAGCCUACAACUCGAAUACCCUCUGUUGAUGAAGCGUUUUCACCUCCUACUGCGCCCAUUGGAUCCACAGCAGUUUCAUCCUCUUCCAGACAUGUAUCAGCAGGAGAGGUUGGAUCGAUCGGUUCUGGACCAGUACCCGGUCCUGGAUCAUUAAUCUCUGGCUCAUCAGCUUUAGACGAUUACAGACCUUCCCCUGGACCCAUCGGAGCAAUAGGAGCGAUCGGUGCUGCACCUGGACCCAUCGGACGACCUGGACCGAGCUCGACCGGUUUCUUAGAUCCACCUCAGACUCAUCAAGGUGGUUCUAGCUUGUUGAGGAGUAACUCACCAGCUCAGCCUGAACAGGUAUUCGGUUCAGCCGCUUUGGGAGGAGAUGAUGAGAUUGUUCAACCUCAACAGAGGCGUAACUUGUCUAAUGGAGGAUGGGACGUACCUGUCGCAGCUGCUGCACCAGGUAGUGGAAGAUGGUCUUCAUCACCUUCCAUAUGGGGUUCGUCCGCUCCUGGAAAUACAGAUUCAGUCAUUGGUGGUGCUAGCGUUCCAGGAGGCGGAGGAAGUUCAUGGGGUCAAAUGCCAACUAUAGGUGAAAGACAACAUCAGAGUCUAUCUUCGGCAUCAACUUCAACUGGUAACGGUCCACCAUCUGGUUUAGUCGGUGUUGGAGCAGGAGUGGGAGUGGGAAGUAGACAACCUUCAUUUGGUAAUUUCUCCAUAGGUUCCAUUGGUACUCCAGCUCAAACACCAGGUCAACAUCAGCCUCAACCAACAAAUGCCUACAAUAGUCAUAAUCAGAAUUUGUUCUCGCCGAACUCUCAACAUUAA